AUGUCAAUCCACGGAAUCGCCAACGUCUGCUCGCAACUCGUCAACUGCUCGAUGGCGCGCGGAGCACUUGUCUCGAUCCCGUACACGAAGCUGCAUCUCGCAAUCAUGCUCGGCCUGUACCGCCACGGCGUUGUGAGCGCCGUGAACCUGGGCGGCCAGUACGGCCCGCAUUUGACGCCGCAGGCGAUCGAGACGGAGCCGGUGUCGUCGCGGAGGCUGUGGAUCACGCUCAAGUAUAAGGACGGGACGCCGGUGUUGAAGAACGCGGGACUGGUGAUGGCGUCGAAGGAUUUUUUCGAGAUGAAGAGGUUUGAGCUGGUGGCGCUGCUGCAUGGGGCGACGGUGAAGCGGAUGAGGCCGAUUGCGCCGGGCGAGUUGCUUUUUAUCAAGACCGACAAGGGAAUUUUGGAAGGGAGAGAGGCGGCGGCCAUUGGUAGAGGAGGUCAGGCUCUGUGCAGAUUCAGCACAUGA